AUGGGACUGACCAAGUUCCAUUGGAGCUUGCUUUCUAUACUCUGGUUCCUUCGAUCAAGGUCAUCGCACCCUGGAGGCUCCCAGAGUUGUGCAACUGAUUCGCAGGUCGAUCCGAGCUCCUGGAAUACGCCUCCGAGAAGGGCGUCCUGGUGUCCAAACAGCCGCCAAGCCCUGGUCAACGGACGAGAACCUGCAUCACAUCUUGUACAAGGCUGGGAUCCUGGAGGAGCCAGACGUGACUCCGUCAAAGGACAUGUGGACGCUCCCGAAGGAUCUCUAGGACGCCAGUGCGGAUGGCCCCCAAUGUUAACGUUCACACGAGGAGUGACCAGCGAAUUGUUGGUGUACGAACCCUCAACCAACCAACGAGAAGUCGUUGGUAAAGCUACCGAGGUCCGACAUCCUAGAUAUCUUUCUCCAAUUGAACUCUCUCGCCCGAGCCCACGUGAUGAGCCGUAUGGAGAUUGUCGAGAAUCAAUUAAGAGUUGUGGGUGCUACGAGACCCCUGCCGGCACGAUUCUUCGUCGGGCGCUCAUGGACCUCGAGAGACUCACUCUGGACGGCAAGGUCCGAGCGUUACGGGACUUGUUUGUGACCGCUGAGCUCAGCAAAAUCCUCUAUAACGGUUAUUGGUUCGGUCCCGAAUGA